AUGGGCUUCGAAUGUGGUGUGAGGAAGCCGUUGCAAUACCAUGUUGCUCGUCGUGACGAUUCUGUGGCCGAUAACUAUCAUGGCAUGACUAUUUCGGAUCCCUAUCGAUGGCUUGAAGAUCCUGAUUUAGAAGAGGUGAAAGAAUUUGUGGAAAGGCAGAAGAAAGUGACGGAAUCAGUGCUUGGGAAUUGCGAUUCCAGAGAAAGGCUUCGUGAGAGGCUCACCAAGUCAUUUGAUUACCCUCGUUAUGGAUGUCCGUUUCGGAAAGGGAAUAAGUAUUUUUAUUUCCAUAAUCCUGGCCUCCACCCUCAUCCAAUUCUCUAUUUGCAGGAGAGUUUGGAUGAAGAAGGGGGCGUUUUGUUGGAUCCAAAUGUACUAAGCCACGAUGGAGCUGUGGCGCUAAGAGGUUUUGAGGUUAGCCAUGAUGCAAGAUACUUGGCUUACGGUUUAAGCUCAAGCGGAAGCGACUGGUUGACCAUACAAGUUAUGAGUGUGGAUCAUAGAACCGUUGAGCCCGACAAACUUUCUUGGGUGAAAUUUUCAUGGAUAAGUUGGACUCACGACUCAAAGGGAUUUUUCUACUGUCGAUAUCCUGCUCCAAAGGAGACCGAAAAUAUGGAUGCCGGCACAGAAGUGAAUGUUAACCACAAUCAUCAACUUUACUAUCAUUUUUUAGGGUCAAAACAAUCCGAAGAUAUAUUAUGUUGGAAUAAUCUUGAAAACCCGACACAUAUUCUUGAAGCACGACUGGCGGAUGAUGGAAAGUAUCUACUCCUUAAUAUAUGUAAAGGUGCGGCACGCCUCAACAAAUUCUAUUGUUGUGAUCUAUCUACGUUACCUAAUGGUCUUGAAGGCCAUAGAGGCAAAGGGAAUCUCCCUUUCGUGAAGGUUAUCGAUAAUUUUGAGGCAUUUUAUGGAGCCAUUUCUAACGAUGACACAAUCUUUACGUUCUUGACUAACAAGAAUGCUCCAAGAUACAAGUUAGUUCGACUAGAUCUCAAAAACCCGAGUAUAUGGACUGAAAUCCUACGUGAAUCUGAAAAGGAUGUGAUUGAGUCGGUUUUACCAAUAAACAAAAACCAGAUGAUUGUGAGUUAUUUGAAGGAUUGCAAACAUGUUUUACAGAUACGCGACUUGGAAAGAGGUAACUUGUUGCAUACACUGCCCAUUGAUAUCGGUAGUGUUGACUACAUUAGCGCUAGGCGUGAAGACAAUGUGUUUUUCAUCAAGCUUAGUAGCUUCAUCACCCCGGGUAUGGUUUAUGAGUAUGAUUUGAAAGCUAGGGUUCCAAAAAUGAGGGUUUUACGCGAGAUUGUGGUUCAAGGAUUCAAUCAAGCUGCGUAUCAGGCUAAUCAGGUGUUUGUACGUAGUAAGGACGGAACACAUAUCCCGAUGUUUAUUGUCGCUAGAAAGGACAUAGUUUUGGAUGGAUCGCACCCUUGUUUGUUGUAUGGAUAUGGUGGAUAUGGUGUUAGUUUAACGCCAUCGUUUGACAUUACUCGUGUUGUUUUGGCACGAUAUUUAGGUGUCGUAUUUUGUGUAGCAAAUAUCCGUGGUGGUGGAGAGUAUGGCGAAGAAUGGCACCAAGCGGGUUCCCUUGCAAACAAGCAAAAUAGCUUCGAUGACUUCAUUUCAACUGCGGAGUACCUUGUUUCAACCGGUUACACCAACCCUAGCAAGUUAUGCAUCGAAGGUGGAAGCAAUGGCGGCACCCUCAUUGGUGCUUGCCUCAAUCAGAGACCGGAUCUAUUUGGUUGUGCUCUAGCUCAUGCCGGGGUCAUGGACAUGCUACGAUACCACAAGUUUACCAUCGGUCACGCAUGGGUACCCGAGUUUGGUUGUUCAGAUAAAGAAGAGGACUUCCAUCACCUAAUCAAGUACUCGCCGCUGCAUAACGUUAAGCGACCAUGGGAAGAUUCUUCGAUCAGGGCUACUCAGUAUCCGUCUACGAUGUUACUAACCGCUGAUCAUGAUGACCGUGUCGUCCCACUACACACCUUGAAGUUAUUAUCGACGAUGCAGCAUGAGCUAUGUACAAGUGUGAAGAACAGCCCACAGACUAACCCCAUCAUCGCACGAAUCAGUACCAAGGCUGGGCACGGGUGUGGGAGCUCAACACAGAAAAGGAUUGAUGAAUCGGUAGAUUGUUAUAGCUUCAUGGCACAGGCGUUGGGUGCAUCCUGGAUAGAUUGACACCAACUAAACUAAUGGUUUUUAUGUUGUAUAAUUAAGAAACGACGAUGAUAAAUAUAUCUGCUAAAAAAAGGUAUGCGUCGUCCUUCAACGCAUCCCCCUAGUAUCAGUCCCGCGACAAUCAUAUGUAAGAAAUAACGGUUAAGUUGGCGAAGAAAAAUAUGUCGAAAUGCUUAUU